UAAAAACUCUCAAGGAAGGAGGGAUAGAAGAAAAAGUGGCAACAAAAAGCAUCACAUGGUCUCCGCAGCCAACAGCGCACGAGCUUGAGGAAUGAGAAGUCAACCGACAUGGCUUCUUCUGGGAUCUGAGAAGAAUAUCUAGCAGCACCCACACCUAUCGGCGUCGAGCAGAGCUUCACAGCCACUCAAAACCUGAUCUGCUUUCUGCUUCAUAUCCCUCCUCAAAUUGAGGAUCUUUUGAUUGAUGCCGCAAAAUGGGAACUUGUUUCAGCAAGAAGAACAAGACUAGACAAGUUACUAGUGGCGGUGGCCAUGUUGUUGGGGGUAGGAAUGGGAGGGCAGGAAUUACUGGUGGGUACCAACCAGUGAGUGAAGGCCAUAAUCACAAGGCACCCCAAACUCAUGCCCAACCCCAAGCACAACCCGAAAGACCCUUCAACCCGCCGCCCCAGUCCAAUACAACCCCAGUUUAUGUCCCUGAAAAACCCUCACAGCCUCCUGUUGUUAGGGCUCCUGUUCAGAGAACUGAACCGAACAGUAUAUUGGGGAAGCCCUUUGAGGACAUCAAGGCACACUACAGUCUUGGGAAGGAACUGGGGAGGGGUCAGUUUGGGGUAACUUAUCACUGCACUGAGAAUUCGACCGGACGAGCAUAUGCUUGCAAGUCUAUACUAAAAAGGAAGCUUGUGAGUAAGAAUGAUAAGGAGGAUAUGAAGAGAGAGAUUCUGAUAAUGCAGCACUUGAGUGGGCAACCAAAUAUUGUGGAGUUCAGGGGCGCAUUUGAGGAUAGGCAGUCGGUGCACUUGGUGAUGGAGCUUUGUGCCGGCGGGGAGCUGUUUGAUAGGAUCAUUGCCCGCGGGCAUUAUUCUGAGAGGGCCGCUGCAGAUUUGAUUAGACAGGUUGUGAAUGUGGUUUAUAUUUGCCAUUUUAUGGGGGUUAUGCACAGGGAUCUCAAGCCCGAGAAUUUCUUGCUAAGCAACAAGGAUGAGAAGGCCAUGCUCAAGGCUACUGACUUUGGUCUCUCUGUUUUCCUGGAAGAAGGAAAAGUUUAUCGGGACAUAGUUGGGAGUGCAUACUAUGUUGCUCCAGAGGUGUUGAGGCGUAGUUAUGGGAAAGAAGCGGAUGUUUGGAGUGCUGGUGUGAUUUUAUAUAUUCUUCUGAGUGGUGUGCCUCCAUUUUGGGCUGAAACGGAAAAGGGGAUAUUUGAUUGUAUACUGAAAGGAGAUAUUGAUUUUGAGAGUGAUCCUUGGCCAACAAUAUCAAGCGGUGCCAAGGACUUGGUUGGGAAAAUGCUGACGCUGGAUCCAAGAAAGAGGAUUACUUCUGCACAAGUUCUUGAACAUCCAUGGCUUAGAGAAGGGGGAGAGGCUUCAGACAAGCCUAUUGAUAGUGCUGUACUUUCCAGGAUGAAGCAGUUUAGGGCAAUGAACAAGCUUAAGCAACUCGCGCUGAAGGUUAUUGCUGAGAACUUGUCUGAAGAAGAAAUAAAAGGACUUAAAGCUAUGUUUGCAAAUAUUGAUACUGACAACAGUGGUACUAUUACAUAUGAAGAAUUGAAAAGUGGACUGACUAGGCUUGGUUCCAAACUGUCUGAAGUUGAAGUCAAGCAACUUAUGGAAGCUGCUGAUGUGGAUGGAAAUGGAACAAUUGACUAUAUUGAGUUCAUUACUGCAACAAUGCAUAGACAUCGACUUGAAAGAGACGAACAUCUCUACAAAGCGUUUCAACAUUUUGACAAGGAUCAUAGCGGAUUCAUUACAAGAGAUGAACUCGAAAGUGCUAUGAAGGAGUAUGGUAUGGGCGACGAGGCAACUAUCAAAGAAAUCAUUGCUGAAGUGGACACCGAUAAUGAUGGAAGGAUCAAUUAUGAUGAGUUUUGUGCAAUGAUGAGAAGUGGAAUGCAACCACAAUCUAAGCUUCUUUAAUGGGCCGAGGCAGGAAUCCUCUUAGCCUGAUGCUGUGAUUUAAAUUUCACGUAAUAAUUUAUUUACAUUAAAGUUCAUGUUUUUUGUGUGAUUCAUUUCUGACAUCUUUUGAGUGGCUGACUUGAGAUGGAAACCGGGGUAGCCUGAGGCACUGUGGUGUAAAUUACAUUUUCUGAGUAUUAUAAUGGAGUAAUGUGUGCAUAUAUAUUUUCUAGUUCCUUUUUCCUUUGUAACUUUCUUUUUAUGUAACAUUGUUCUAUUAAUAUUCUACCUGUAGAAUAAGCUCUGUGGAUAAGUGGGAUCAGUGAUUGAGAAUAUUUAAUAAAGUAUCUUUGCUUGUUUUGAGAAUUGAGGUGCC